AUGAUGAAUAUCGAUACGGUUGGAACUUCAAACAAAAUCAAAUUUGAUGAGAGUGAUGAUGAUGAGGAAGAAAUAGAAAAGGAAUUGGCGGAGGUGACUUUUGAGGACCUGCUGAGAGCCAAGUCUGAUGGAUCCGAAAUUGUUUAUAGGAAACCCAAAGCGGAGAAGAAAUCUGGCGGCAGGGAAAACAAGAAUAGGCCCAUGGAGAUGAGUAGCAAGAAACCAGUCAGUAGAUUUCGUGAAGUCAUUCAAGUCCCUAAGAAGGUGGGGCGUGAUCCUCGCUUUGAGUCAUUAUGUGGCAACCUUGAUGUUGACGGGUUCAAGAAAAGAUAUGAUUUUCUAUACAAAAAUGAGCUUCCUGCUGAAAAAGAGGAGCUAAAGAAGCAGCUGAAGAAAACAAAUGACCCUGAGGUUAUGGAUGAGCUAAGAUCACGUAUAGCGUGGAUUGAUAAACAAUUGAAGUCUGCAGCACCGAAGCUUACGGAGAAAGAAAUUUUGGCUGAGCACAAGAAGAAAGAGAAAGAAGCUGUGAAACAAGGAAAACGGCCUUAUUUUCUGAAGAAAUCUGAAAUCCGGAAGCAACAACUUAUUGAAAAAUACAAGGGACUGAAGGAGACCAGUGAUACUCAUGCUCUUGGACCUCAAUUUGCCUUGUCCUCUGCUUGUAGCAGUAACGUGCCUUCUGAUUUCACUGAUAUUUCCGAUAACUCGGAAUCCCAAUCGAAAUCGGUGGGAAGUGGGGUUGUGAACAAUCCCGAUGAAGAUUCGAAGGUGGCGGCGGUGGUGCAGGGUUUCAAUCGGAGGGCGGCGCCGCCUCCUCCGGGUUAUGUUUGUCAUCGGUGUAACAUCCCCGGCCACUUGAUUCAGCAUUGCUCGACGAACGGUGACCCGAAUUUCGACAUGAAAAGGCUAAAACGUCCAAUUGGGAUUCCGAUAUCAAUGUUGGUGCCUUCCCUGGAUGGAUCCUACUCGUUGCCCACCGGAGUUACUGCAGACAUGAAGCCCAAUGAAGCUGUUUUUGAGAAGGAGAUUGAAGGUGUUCCAGUCAGAAACUCUGUUGUGGACUUACCACCAGAGCUUCAUUGUCCUCUCAACAGCAGCGGAAGGAGCAGCAGCAGCAGCAACAAAAGUGGUGUUGAGAACAACACUUCUCAGAUUCAACCUUCGCGUUCCAGCGGUGGUGGUUCAUCUUCAAGUUCAAGAAAGGAAGAGACUUGCAGGGUGCCUGAAACUGUACAGAAAAAGUUAGGACCAACUACUGAAAAAGUUGCUAAUGUUUCUGAUACAAUCAAUGUAACUGUAAGUGUCAAUGAUAGUUUGACUAAUGAAAAAGAAAUUGAGCAUAAUGUGCCAGUUUCUAGUGAGUUAUUAGAAUGCAAGAAAUCAAAGAAAAACAAUGAUGUAAAGAAGCAGAGGAGAUCUGCUGAAAACGUUUCUGCUUGCAAUUCCAAUGAAAACAGUUCUAAUGGCUAUGGUCCUGGACCAUAUGCCUACAAUCAAUUUUGGAAUCCGUACAUGUCUCCUUACGUUAAUAAUCACUAUCAUCCCUACAUGGGCUAUGGAGUUGCUCCAAUGAACACUCUAUUUGAUACGCAAAAUUACAUGAUGCCGCCUUCUAGGCCUCAGUCUCACAGAGGAGCAGUUAACAUGAAGAGGAAGAGAGAAGAUGAGAGAUGCAGAGGAUAUUGA